AUGGAGGCGUUUGCGGCGGCGGCGUUUGCGGCGGCUGUGACGGCUGCGGCUGUGGCUGCGGUGGCUGCGGUGGCUGCGGCGGCUGUGGCGGCGGCUGUGGCGGCUGUGGCGGCUGUAGCGGCGGCUGUGGCGGCAUUGUGUGACAUCAUGAGCCUGAAUUAUAUUUGGGUUUUGAAGAAUAGCUUUAAUCUAGAGUUGGUGAAAGUGCUACAGCUGCAGAGGCCAUUGGCUCUCGUCGUAAUGAAGACGACCCCGGCCCUGAACCCGACCCCGGCGUCACCUCCAUCACAAUGUUUACAGUGCGACAUCACAGACGGCGACGGGACUUCUCGGCCUUGA